AUGUUUACCACCAAGGCGACCUCACUGCGAGCUCUGUCUCGCGUGCCAUGCCAGGCCAGGUGCCCAGCAGCAAGGAGGCCUUAUGCGACAGACCAUGAGCAGCGCACCAAGGAAACGCUGAAGACAUCGUCGCGAUUGACAUGGCUCACCACCACCGCGGCCGCCGGCGCUGCAGCCCUCUACUACACCACCACCCCAUCCACGUCAUCCGCCUCCACCUCCUCCGCGCAAUCAACCUCUAAAUCCUCUCCACCUCCUUCGGCGUCACACGAUACCAGCCGACCAGGGCAUCGCCACGAAUCCGAGUACGCCUCCGACGUCCCCAAGCCCGUAGAAGACCGCCACGGCGACAGCGUCACCAAACAUAGCAUCGCCGCGCACAAGAACCAGAACAAAGUUCGCGAGGGCAAGUUCUCGGGCAAGGAGUUUGACAACCAUGAGCAGGUACAUUCGCCGGGGAAGCCUGGAGGUGACUUCGAGGUGAAGCGGUAG